AUGUCUGCAGAGAUACCAGUGAGGGGUCGUUCAAGGCGUGAUGGAUUUACUGUCACUAAUCUUCAUCAUUAUCGUGCUGAAAUUUUCUAUGUUGUUGUUGACAAAAUAUGUGCUGAGAUGAAUCAUCGGUUUAGUGAAGCGACUACAGAGAUAUUAUUGUGCUUCUCUUGUCUUGAUCCAAGUAACUCUUUCUCCAAGUUUGAUGUCAACAAGCUUGCACGACUUGCUGAAAUAUAUGAUGCUGAUUUCUCUGAUCAUGACCGUGGAAUAAUAAGGGAAAAACUUGAGACAUGUUCUUCAGAUAUUGAAAGUUUGGCCACAAAGAUGGUUGCAACAGAAAAACAUUUGGUUUUUUCAUUGGCGUACAAGCUCAUUGAAUUGGCAUUGUUGGUGCCGGUAUCAACUGCUACUGUGGAAAGAUUGUUCUCAGCCAUGAAAAUUAUUAAGUCCAAAUUGCCGAACAAGAUUGCAGAUGAUUGGUUCAACAACUUGAUGGUGUGCUAUUUUGAGCGAGAACUAUUCAGAUCACUGGAAGAAGCUACUAUUCUUCGAAGGUUUCAAAAUUUGAAGACUAGAAAGAUGCAACUUCCCCCUAGUCGUAUGCUUGGUAGUUAG